AUGGUCCAGGCUCGAAAGUUCGAAAGUGUUCUAGACAAGCCAUCUGGUGAACUCGCGGACAUAAUAAUUAGAACCUGCGCUCUGUUUUCCAAGGACAACGAAUCUUCUGCGGACUCAGCUAUCUUCCCGGAAGAGUCCAUCUCAACUAUCCUAUCCAUUGAUCAAGACUUAGAAGCGUGGUCGACAAGCUACGAAGAGAAGUAUAUGGGUCCACCAGAACCUAAAGAGUCUACUCGCGAUACCUAUCUCUCCUCCCAUCUCAAACAUCACCGUAUCUCCUCAAGCCCCUCAAAUUUCCAUACCCACAAUCUCUGCUCUAGUGCUCGAAUCAUCCUGCACGAGAAAGCCAGAAACCUCGCGCGCCGACCCGUGGGCUCUAGUCUGGUUUCAUCCUCCAACCUCCCAUCCACUAUCCCAGACUCAUAUCAUCAUCUUCGUACCGUCUCCGAAAAAGCCACUAAAAGCAGCGUUAGGAGCAUAUGCGAUGCUUUUGCCCAAGUCCGACAAUCCUUUUCAAGCAGGCAGGACACAACGCACGAUAUUCGGGCAGGUUGCUUUACGGCUCUUAUUUGGCCGCUGUUCCUUGCGGGUACGACCUACAUCACCUUGCCCAGCCAGCGCGACUGGAUUGCGCAGCAGCUGAGAGAGAUCGGAGACUUGACCGGUGUUCAACGGGCGCGGGUGGCGGCUUCGUUAGUACAUAACAGCAGUAUGGCCGAUGGGUCAGUCCGUUGA